AAAGCUUAGUUACACAGUAUACACAGCAAAUGACCUCACAUCUAAAGGACCUGGAUAUCAAUACUUUGAUCAAUAUAGUAAUUUGAUCAAGCUUAACGAAUGGAGACUCGCAAGUCGGCUAAAGCGCAAACGAAGCGCAAGUCGAGACGCUCGGGACAUGGCAGCGUACGGUCGGUAGUGCCGUCCCACUUAGAGACUAAGCCCAUUGUGCAACGUGUUUACCUUUACAUGCAGCUGAAGCAGAUACUGCACAUGCCUGUGGUCUCCUAUCCGCUGGAGCUGCAUCUGUACCACGUGAAGAACACGCUGCAGAAGAUGUGCGACCACUAUACCAAGGAAACGAUUAUCUAUCAGAACGAAUUCACGCUGGACAGGCCGGCAUUUGCGAUGGGCAUUAUGCAGGACAAUGUGGAUGAUAUGAAUACAUUCAGCGAUAAUCCGCUCAUCGUCACUCUGUAUCAGCGCAUUCCACGCCAUCGCAAAGAGGAUUUGAUCACUGUGGGAGUAGUACGUGGAGACGCCUCAGAACGGGACCUGGAAGAAGGUGGUGGGGAUGCACGCACGGGCGCUGCCUUAGACGAGGAUGUGAGCGAGGAUGUGAGUGGGGGUGAUCAAUAUGUUGAGGAAACGCUGGAGUUCGUGUCCCGCGGCCAUUGCGACUUGCUGCAGCUGUUUCAGAGCAAGCGCUUCAUCAACAACAUUCAAAUCAUGCUCUAUCCGCAAUACAUUUCGAAGCUCCAGACGCGAACGGCCCAAAAGAUAACAACCGUUAGCAACUGGCACAUGUACUCCAUACUGCCGAUACUGAAGAACAAUCAUUUCUCCAAUUUGGUCUUCAUCACGUUCGAGUCCCUCUACAAUGCAUCCGAGGAUCUGCACAGUCGAGCCGCCCAUCUGGGCAUGAGCAUCUCCAUGCGGGCCACAGCAGUCGAUGGCGAUGAACCUGAUGGACAGCCUGAGGUGUUGCCGUUGUGCACUUUCUACAGCUUUGUCGUCCAGGUCAUCAACGAUCAGAAAGCUGUCGUUGUGUGGGAAAGUAUAAAGCGCGACUUACUGAACCUGGGUCCAUUCGGCGUUUCCACAGUUCAAAUGGAAACGAAUUUGCACGUUCCAGUUUUACGCAUAUUUCAGGGCUUGCUUAAAACGCAUGAUGUCGACUUCAAGCUGGAGAACAUUAAUCCCGUGGAGGACAGUGCGCUAAUCAAUAACUCGAUGCAUCGAUACGUGUUGACCGCGGAGAUGCAAGACAUCAUCGAGGCAGCCAUAGUGAACAAUGAGUAUGAAAUACUGCUGCAGCUGUACGAUGAAGUUCCCAAUAAUGUCCUGUACGAAGGCGUUAUCAAUCCAAGCAUCUUUGGCUAUCCUCAUAUGAAUACUUGCCGGUUCGCAAGUGUCCUGACGCCUGUGGCCAGGCACAGCACUGAAACGACACCGCACACGACUGCUGUCCCUGCUCCUGAUUUGCCCAUGUUUGCCAUUGUUAAGCUGUGCUUUUUUCACACGCUGACAAAGCACCAUGAGCCCCUGGAUACCUAUAAUGAGAGCAAUAUGAAGGCGGGCCAGCUGCAACGCUGCUUCACAGUCAAUCCUCAUGUGGAAAAGAGCAACUCUGAUAUUCUAAAGGAGUUGUAUCGUCGCUUCGACGAGCUCGUUAAAGAUGUGAUUAGUUACAUCAUCAAGCACGAUGUGACGAGCAUUGACGAUCGGCGCAACUACUUCUGCUGCACCAUCAACAAUCUGAACAAUUUACUAAUCAACAUCUGCGGCUAUGACUUCAAUGUCAGCAUGCCCACCAAGAACAACAUAGAGUUUCGCGAGAUGCUCACGCACAUGUACAAGGAUCUGAUGGAUCGCAUUAUUCGAAUCCUGAAUGAUUGCGGCUGGGAGGCUCUCGGCAAUUGUGUUUUAAACAAAGAGCGCGAUCAGCAGCGCUUGCGCCGGCUCUUGGACGAGCACCGAAGCUUGUGCAUGGUCGGCGAAUGUGGCCUGGCCGAUCAGCUAUUUGCUGAGCUCAAGUCUGCUUGUUCCAGCAAAAUUUUGUUAAACUUUUACGUAUUCCUUAACUCUGUUCAGAAUCUCAACUUUGAUUAUGCCAAGACCUAUUUGCUCACUCAGGUGGAGAACAAUUGGGAUGGCGAGUACUUUGUGAACUUGCUGCAGCUUUACAUUGACUAUCAAGUUGAGCUGAAAGCGGAGACGGAGGAGAAGGAGAGGAGGGAGCAGGAGAUGAAGAUGGCGGCGAAGAUGCUGCCGGCGAAGAUGCUGCAGGCGAAGAUGCUGCCGAAUGUCAAUAUGGAUAUGAAGCCGCCGCAAGCUUUCAGUAAUAUGAUUGCAAAACUGCGUAAUUUCGCCACCGCCAACAACUUAGACUGCGAGGCGUGGAUACUGCUGUACUGCUAUUACCAAGAGAAGGGUUACUUGUCAGGCAUGGAGUAUACGCGCUGGAAGUAUGAAAACCUUUAUCACGUGCCUAGCAGAAAAAUGCUGCUGACACCUACUCCGCUCUUCGAGGCAUUUUUGCCGGCGAAUUUCGAUCUAACCGACCGGAGCGCACAUGUCGUGAAGUUCUAUGGAGUCUUCAAGACUUUUGCUAGAUUGGGCGCUUACGCUUUCGCAGAGACGGUUUACAAUCAAAUCGCAAAAGACUUUACGGUCAACGAAACUUAUUUGGUGACCACCACACUGAAGAUGCUGCAGGGUCAAAUUGACGGGAAUUUCAAAGUGCGCAAUCUACCCACUAAUAGGUCGGAAAGUGGCAAGAUGAUCAAAUUUCAUCAAGCUCACAUCAAUGGCCACGUGGAGUACUCGCGUCACCGCUACCCUCAGGCCAUCGAAUGCUUUAAGGAGCUGCUUUAUAUCGAAAAGACCAACACGUCUACAUUAUCUUUGUUCUAUCUAGGAUUACUUCGGCUGGCCCACCUAAGUUUUGAAUUCGGGGACUAUGAGGUCGCUCUGCAUGCCUAUGAGUUGUGCGUGCCCUCGUCCAAGCUGGAAAAGAACUUCUUGGCCAACUAUGGCAUGGGCCUAACUCUCUAUUACCUGAAUCGACUUGAGGACGCUAUUGCUUAUCUGGCGCGCACCACAGAAAUUGAUAUCUAUCUGCCCGAUUCCUGGGGCUUCUUGGCUAUUAUAAACUUGCGAUUGGGUCGCAAUAAGCUGGCAUUAAACUGCUGGAAAAUGGCCAAACAGUAUCCCGAAAUUACGAUGAGCCCGUGCGUAUAUAAUGAACUUGAUAAAAUUAAAUACUCCGAUAUUGAUUUGCUGGUGGACGACGAUCAACCAACAACCGUAAACAAGUCUGCGAAUAUAUAGUAAUCUGAAUAUAUAUUAAAGACAUUUAUC